UUGUUUACAGUAACGGGCAAAAUAAUGAGUGUGUACCUGGCUAUCUUCAUUAUUUUAUUCUACUUAGUUUGGAUGAAAUGCAGUUACUAUCGACAUAGGCGAACCUUGCUGAAGUCGUUGGAACAUGUAAUGAACUUUUCAUCAAGCCGAGAAGCAAGCGGCUCUGACAUCAGAGCUCUGUUAGUAACUGCACAUCCGGAUGAUGAAUGCAUGUUCUUCGCGCCAACGAUCAUACGACUUGUUGAAUUAAAUGCCAGCAUUCAUUUGCUAUGUCUGUCUGAAGGGAACUACUACAAUCAAGGAACUCAGCGUAAACAAGAACUUCUCAACAGUUGUGCCGUGUUGGGGAUACCAGGAUCCAGGGUCACCAUAGUAGACCAUAAAAAACUUCCGGAUGAUCCCAAAGCAGAAUGGAGAAUCUCACUGGUCUCAUCAGUAAUUGUGAAGCAUAUGAGAGCUCACUCCUUCAAUAUGGUGCUGACCUUCGAUGGAAGGGGAGUGAGCGGUCAUGCCAAUCACAUCGCCAUCCAUAAAGCUGUCAGCCAUCUCGCCUCCACUGGACAAGUACCCAAUGACUGCUGUCUGCUCUCCCUGGUGACUGUUGGCCUUCUCAGGAAGUACUUCUCCUUCCUGGAGCUUCCCCUCAGCUGCCUGCUGCCCUCAUCUCUCUGCUGUUUUGUAGGCUCACAGGGCUACAGGCAAGCCAAAAACGCCAUGUUUUGCCAUCGCACUCAACUCCUUUGGUUUCGUUACCUCUACAUUGCCUUCUCUCGGUACAUGUUCGUAAACACGUUCCAAAUGAUCCCACAAGGACCAAAGAACCUAAAGAUCUAUUAGGUUAAUCUCAUCUACACGCACUCAUUGUUACUCCAUUAGGUGUCCCACUGAUUUCUUCAACAGAUGAUCAGCUAAACUAGCCUAAAUCUUUCUUGUGAGCACUUUUCAUAAAUAAAGCUGUCAGUAAUUUUGAAAUUAUAUGAGAAACUUAUUCUGUCUUUGUUGGACAGAAUCUUUAUUGUUUUGAGUCAAUACACUGUAAAAAAAACAACCUAAGUUGAUGAGCUUUUUGUUUUCAUCUUAUAAUUUCAAACAUUGUUGAAAAUACUGUACAGUUUUUUGCGUAUACUGCUGAUUAAAAAAAGGUUUGAUUCUUGUAUC